UUGCAGGUCGCGGGCUGGGCGGCCGGCCGGGCUGAGGUCGGGGCUCGGGCGCCGGCCGGGUUUACGCGGUGCUGGGCUCCGCUGCGGUCCGGGUCGGUGACGGCGCGCGCGAGGGCGCGGCCAGGCGCUGAGGGCGGGGACGGCGUGCGGGCGUGCGGGCGGCGCCUAGGGGAGGAGACCGGCCCAUGGACCCGCGGGGCCCGGUGCCCCAGACUCGGUGCCGCCGGGACGGAGCCCAAGAUGUCGGCCUAGGCCGGGCUGCGACGACAAGGACUGAGCGGCUACUGGACGCCGGCGUGCACCGCCGCUGGGCCGGGGAGUGCUGCCUCUGACGCCGGGGCGCACGGGCGGAGAGAGGCCGGCGCGUGGGGAGCGGGCCGCGCGGCACCAUGUCGGCCAAGGUGCGGCUCAAGAAGCUGGAGCAGCUGCUCCUGGACGGGCCGUGGCGCAAUGAGAGCGCCCUGAGCGUGGAGACGCUGCUGGACGUGCUGGUGUGCCUUUACACCGAGUGCAGCCACUCGGCGCUGCGCCGCGACAAGUAUGUGGCGGAGUUCCUCGAGUGGGCCAAGCCUUUUACCCAGCUCGUGAAGGACAUGCAGCUUCAUCGGGAAGACUUUGAGAUCAUCAAAGUGAUUGGAAGAGGAGCUUUUGGUGAGGUUGCAGUUGUCAAAAUGAAGAACACUGAACGAAUUUAUGCAAUGAAAAUUCUCAACAAAUGGGAGAUGCUAAAGAGAGCAGAGACAGCCUGCUUUCGAGAAGAGCGUGAUGUGCUGGUGAAUGGUGACUGCCAGUGGAUCACUGCGCUGCACUAUGCCUUUCAGGAUGAGAACUACCUGUACCUGGUCAUGGAUUACUAUGUAGGCGGUGACUUGCUGACCCUGCUGAGUAAGUUUGAAGACAAGCUUCCGGAAGACAUGGCGAGGUUCUACAUCGGCGAGAUGGUUCUGGCCAUCGACUCCAUCCACCAGCUCCACUAUGUACACAGAGACAUUAAGCCCGACAACGUCCUUCUGGAUGUCAAUGGUCACAUCCGCCUGGCUGACUUUGGAUCGUGCUUGAAGAUGAACGAUGACGGCACUGUUCAGUCUUCCGUGGCUGUGGGCACACCUGACUACAUCUCACCAGAGAUCCUGCAGGCCAUGGAGGAUGGCAUGGGCAAAUAUGGGCCCGAGUGUGACUGGUGGUCCCUGGGCGUCUGCAUGUAUGAGAUGCUGUAUGGGGAAACCCCGUUUUACGCAGAGUCUCUAGUGGAGACAUAUGGGAAGAUCAUGAACCAUGAGGAGCGGUUUCAGUUCCCAUCCCAUGUCACCGACGUCUCUGAAGAAGCAAAAGACCUUAUCCAGAGACUGAUAUGCAGCAGAGAGCGCCGGCUCGGGCAGAACGGAAUAGAAGACUUUAAGAAGCACGCAUUCUUUGAAGGUCUAAAUUGGGAAAAUAUUCGAAACCUUGAAGCGCCCUACAUUCCCGACGUGAGCAGCCCUUCUGACACGUCCAACUUCGAUGUGGAUGAUGACAUGCUGAGAAACAUUGAAAUCUUACCUCCUGGCUCACACACGGGCUUCUCGGGACUGCACUUGCCAUUCAUUGGCUUUACGUUUACGACAGAAAGCUGCUUCUCUGACCGCGGCUCUCUGAAGAGCAUGAUGCCGUCUAACACGCUAACCAAAGAUGAAGACGUGCAGCGCGACUUGGAGAACAGCCUGCAGAUCGAAGCCUACGAGCGAAGGAUACGAAGGCUGGAGCAGGAGAAGCUGGAGCUGAGCCGGAAGCUGCAGGAGUCCACCCAGACCGUGCAGUCCCUUCACGGUUCCACGCGGGCCCUGGGCAACUCAAACCGCGACAAGGAAAUCAAGAGGCUGAAUGAAGAGCUUGAACGCAUGAAGAGUAAAAUGGCAGAUUCAAACAGGCUGGAACGACAGCUGGAGGAUACAGUGACACUUCGCCAGGAGCAUGAAGACUCCACUCACCGGCUGAAGGGCCUGGAGAAGCAGUACCGCCUGGCACGGCAGGAGAAGGAAGAACUGCACAAGCAAUUGGUUGAAGCUUCAGAGCGAUUGAAAUCCCAGACCAAAGAACUCAAAGACGCCCACCAGCAGCGAAAGCGGGCCCUGCAGGAGUUCUCUGAGCUCAAUGAGCGCAUGGCAGAGCUCAGGUCGCAGAAGCAGAAGGUGUCCCGUCAGCUCCGUGACAAAGAGGAGGAGAUGGAGGUGGCCAUGCAGAAGAUUGACUCCAUGAGACAAGAUAUCCGCAAGUCCGAGAAGUCGCGGAAGGAGCUGGAAGCUCGGCUGGAGGAUGCGGCUGCCGAGGCCUCCAAGGAGCGGAAGCUCCGAGAGCACAGCGAGAGCUUCUGUAAGCAGAUGGAGCGCGAGCUCGAGGCCCUCAAGGUAAAGCAAGGAGGCCGGGGGCCAGGCGCCACGCUGGAACAUCAGCAGGAAAUCUCCAAAAUCAGGUCGGAACUCGAGAAGAAAGUCCUGUUCUACGAGGAGGAGCUGGUGCGCCGAGAAGCCUCCCAUGUGCUGGAAGUGAAGAACGUGAAGAAGGAGGUUCACGACUCGGAGAGCCACCAGCUGGCCCUGCAGAAGGAGGUCCUGAUGCUGAAAGAUAAGCUGGAGAAGUCAAAGCGAGAGCGGCAUAAUGAGAUGGAGGAGGCCAUAGGCACUGUGAAGGACAAGUACGAGCGGGAGCGCGCCAUGCUGUUCGAUGAGAACAAGAAGUUAACGGCGGAAAACGAAAAGCUUUGUUCCUUUGUGGAUAAACUGACAGCCCAAAACAGACAGCUGGAAGAUGAGCUACAGGAUCUGGCAUCCAAGAAGGAGUCAGUCGCGCACUGGGAGGCGCAGAUCGCAGAGAUCAUUCAGUGGGUCAGCGAUGAGAAAGACGCCAGAGGCUACCUCCAAGCCCUCGCUGCCAAGAUGACGGAAGAGCUGGAGACCUUGAGAAGCUCUAGUCUGGGGUCCAGGACACUGGAUCCACUUUGGAAAGUUCGUCGGAGUCAGAAGCUGGACAUGUCUGCACGGCUGGAAUUGCAGUCUGCUCUGGAGGCAGAGAUCCGUGCCAAGCAGCUUGUUCAGGAGGAGCUGAGAACCGUCAAGGACAGCAGCCUAGCCUUCGAGAGCAAACUGAAGGAAUCGGAAGCCAAAAACAAGGAAUUAUUAGAAGAAAUGCAAAUUCUGAAGAAAAGGAUGGAAGAAAAAUUUAGAGCAGAUACAGGGCUCAAACUUCCAGAUUUCCAGGAUUCGAUCUUUGAGUAUUUCAACACUGCUCCCCUUGCACACAAUCUGACUUUUAGAACCAGCUCAGCUAGUGACCAGGAAACACAGGCUUCGAAGCUGGACUUGUCCCCAUCAGUGUCUGUAGCCACAAGCGCAGAGCAGCAGGAGGAUGCAACUCGGCCACAGCAGAGGCCGUCCACCGUGCCGCUGCCCAACGCACAGGCCCUCGCCAUGGCUGGACCAAAGCCCAAAGCACACCAGUUCAGCAUCAAGUCCUUCUCCAGCCCCACCCAGUGCAGCCACUGCACGUCCUUGAUGGUCGGACUGAUUCGACAGGGCUACGCCUGUGAGGUCUGUGCAUUUUCCUGCCACGUGUCCUGCAGAGACAGUGCUCCCCAGGUGUGCCCCAUACCUCCUGAGCAGUCCAAGAGGCCUCUCGGUGUAGACGUGCAGAGGGGGAUAGGCACGGCCUACAAGGGCUACGUCAAGGUCCCAAAGCCCACGGGCGUGAAGAAAGGAUGGCAGCGGGCUUACGCAGUGGUCUGUGACUGCAAACUCUUCCUCUACGACCUGCCAGAAGGGAAGUCUACCCAGCCUGGCGUUGUCGCCAGUCAGGUCCUGGACCUCAGAGAUGAUGAGUUUGCUGUGAGCUCAGUCCUGGCCUCAGACGUUAUCCAUGCUACACGCCGAGACAUCCCGUGCAUAUUCAGGGUGACGGCCUCUCUCUUAGGUUCACCUUCUAAGACCAGUUCCCUGCUCAUCCUGACGGAGAACGAGAACGAGAAGCGGAAGUGGGUUGGGAUACUUGAGGGGCUGCAAGCUAUCCUCCACAAGAACCGGCUGAAGAGCCAGGUAGUGCACGUGGCGCAGGAAGCCUACGACAGCUCGCUGCCGCUCAUCAAGGCCAUCCUGGCUGCCGCCAUUGUGGAUGGAGACAGGAUUGCGGUUGGCCUGGAAGAAGGGCUCUACGUCAUUGAGCUCACGCGGGACGUGAUCGUCCGUGCUGCUGACUGCAAGAAGGUGUACCAGAUCGAACUGGCGCCCAAGGAGAAGAUCAUCAUCCUCCUGUGUGGCCGGAACCACCACGUGCACCUGUGCCCCUGGUCCUCCUUCGAGGGAGCAGAGGCCAGCAACCUUGACAUCAAGCUCCCAGAAACAAAGGGCUGCCAGCUCAUAGCGACAGGGACCCUAAGGAAGAGCUCGGCCACCUGCCUGUUUGUCGCCGUGAAGCGGCUGAUCCUCUGCUAUGAGAUCCAGAGGACUAAGCCUUUCCACAGGAAGUUCAAUGAGAUGGUGGCUCCAGGGCACGUGCAGUGGAUGGCCGUGUUCAAGGACAGGCUCUGUGUUGGCUACCCCUCUGGGUUCUCUCUGUUGAGCAUCCAGGGGGACGGGCAGCCUCUCGACCUGGUAAAUCCCACUGACCCCUCGCUCGCGUUCCUCUCACAGCAGUCUUUCGAUGCCCUCUGUGCUGUGGAGCUCAAAAGUGACGAGUACCUGCUUUGCUUCAGCCACAUGGGACUGUACGUGGACCCUCAAGGUCGGAGGUCACGCAUGCAGGAGCUCAUGUGGCCUGCGGCUCCUGUCGCCUGUAGUUGCAGCUCCUCCCAUGUCACAGUGUACAGCGAAUACGGGGUGGAUGUCUUCGACGUGCGCACCAUGGAGUGGGUUCAGACCAUCGGCCUGCGGAGGAUAAGACCUCUGAACUCUGAUGGCAGCCUCAACCUGCUGGGCUGUGAGCCCCCACGCCUCAUCUACUUCAAAAACAAGUUCUCAGGAGCAGCCCUCAAUGUGCCCGACACCUCGGACAACAGCAAGAAGCAGAUGCUGCGGACUCGGAGCAAACGGCGUUUCGUCUUCAAGGUCCCUGAGGAAGAAAGGCUGCAGCAGCGGCGGGAGAUGCUCAGAGACCCUGAAUUGAGAUCCAAAAUGAUAUCCAACCCAACCAACUUCAACCACGUGGCUCACAUGGGCCCCGGGGACGGGAUGCAGGUGCUCAUGGACCUGCCUCUGAGCGCUGCACCCACUGCCCAGGAGGAGAAGCAGGGCCCCGCCCCGACAGGCCUCCCUCGGCAGCCGCCCUCUAGGAGCAAGCCCUACGUCUCGUGGCCAUCCUCAGGUGGACCCGAGCCUGGAGUGCCAGUGCCUCUGAGGAGCAUGUCUGACCCUGACCAGGAUUUUGACAAAGAGCCUGACUCUGAUUCCACCAAACACUCAACUCCAUCCAAUAGCUCCAACCCUAGCGGCCCCCCAAGCCCCAACUCGCCCCACCGGAGCCAGCUCCCUAUGGAAGGCCUGGACCAGCCCGCCUGUGACGCCUGAGGCCGCCAGCAUAGCACCAUGGGGCCAGGAGUCCAAAUGGCCCCAACAUCAGUGCCAAGACUGGGCUGACCCUCCAGUGUUGUCCAAGGA